UUCGGCCUCGCGCAUCCCAAGGCGCCCGCCACUGCCACCAUCUCCAGCUCCGCCGAGCUCGUCCGCUUUCUGAAAGGGAACGAGCAGAUGACGGAGAAGCAGGUGCUGCAGCUGGCCACGGGGAACGUGAACGUGGCGGUGGUGAGGGGGGACGUCGAGGAGCGGGCGCUGGCGCAGGCGGACCGGAGCGGCAUCAUGGUGAUCCAGGUGAAGGCCCUGCGCGAGCUGGCGUUCCUGGCGUUUGCCCAGGCCCUGCGGUCUCUCCCCGCGACCCUGGCGGAGAACGCGGGCCUCGCCGUCUCCCAGGUGAUGGCAGACAUGACGGCCGCGCACCAGCAAGGGCACUUCCUGAUCGGAGUGGGCGUCGAGGGGAUCAUCAACGUGGCCCAGGAAGCUGUGUGGGACACCCUGGCGGCCAAGGCCCAAGCGCUGCGGGCCGUGGUGGACAUCGUGCUGCAGCUGGCCACUGUGGACGAAAUCGUGGUGGCCAAGAUGAGUCCCCCGCUCCAGCAGGACCCGGGUCCCCGCCCCACGAAGGCCCAGGAGCACCCGUCUUCUCCCAAGACACCCGCCCCCAUCACACGCUAAGAUCCCCCUUCCGCACGCGGGAGGAGAGGAAGGAGGCCACAGCGGAGACUGGAAAUGAGGGAUGCUGACGGAUUUCUGAGAGGCUCUGCUCACCACCCACUGCUUUCUUGUGAUGAGAACUUUUAAGAUCUAUUCUCUUAGCAAACUCCAAAUAUACAAUACAGUAUUGUAGACUAUCAUCCCCAUGGUGUACAUUGUCUCAGGACUCGUUUUUCUUAUAACUGGAAGUUUGGCCAUUUGUACUUUUUGACUACCUUUCACCCACUAUCUCCACCCCGCCCACCCCCAUCUCCACCUCUAGUACCACUAAUCUGUUGUCUGUUUCUAUGCGUUUGUGUUUCUUCAUUUUUCUAGAUUCCACAUAUAAGCAGAUCAUAUAGUA